AAAAACAAAAUCAUUUGAUUUAAAAAUCAAUUGAAUGGUUAUCUCCAAAAAAAAAAAAAAUCAAUUGAAUGGAAGAAGAAAAUAUUACUGAAAGGCAGCAAGGAGACACUAGAGUACAAACUGGUGACAGUCAUUUCAUUUACUGUAUCCAAUCCCAAUGGAAUGUGGUGAGCAGACUAGAAGUGAAGAGUUGUGCACAUCAACUAGAUUUCAUCGCUUAGUGUACUCGGAGAUAGAAGAGAUUGGAUGGGAACAUCUAGGGAGAUUGGGUGGUGACCUAACAUUUCUUAGCCUUCGCAUUUUAGAUAAGAAGGGCAGAGUACAUUUCCUUGAAAUACAAUUGGACACAACCUACCCCAAAUGCCCACCCUCCAUUUCAGCAGAUGUGCCUUAUAUUUUCGAUUUAGAAUGGUCAACACACUCAAGGUUGAAAAAUGUGGUGCAGCAGUUUCAGGAGCACUUGGAGAAGCUCCAGGAAUUUUGGUCUACUUUGGAGGAUAUUGAUAAAGCACUUUGGGUUGACCAUAAGAUGUCAUCCUUGGCAAUGUCCUCUCGUUCAAUCAAUAUAGGGAAUGAUUGCUUCAUUAUCUUGUCUAUUAAUGUCAUGGAUCCUAGAUCUUUACCAGAGAUUCGUUUUGUAGGUUCAGGUCAACAUGUCGACAUGAUGAGAAUGAAUUGGCAAAGAAAUAGAAAACAGUGGAAGAAGGAUAGCUCUUUUGUUGAGAAUCUAACAUGCCUUUUGGAGACUCAACUGCCAAGUUCCCCAGUUUCCCAGAAGAAUGACCAACAAGUUGAAUGUGGAAUUUGCUAUGCUCAAUGCCUUCCAUUUGAUGAUGAGCUUGGAGAUAAAAGUGGGAGUGGAACCGACUACAUGUGCGAGAAUAUCAGUUGCCACAAGGCUUUUCAUAGUAUUUGUCUUGGUGACUGGUUGCGCUCAAUCACCACAACAAGACAGUCAUUUAAUGUUCUGUUUGGAAAUUGUCCAUAUUGCUCAGAGCCGGUUGCAGUAAAGAUCAAUGUUGCCAAGCAAUAAAACCAUUUUAUCCUCUCAUUGAACAUGCACAUGAAGAUGUGAAGACCCAGCUGCUGAUUUGAAACUCAUUAUGCUCUGCUGACAAACUACAUGUCAUUGAAGACCCCUUUGCAGCCAUAGAAACCACUUGUUCCUUUUUUGGUUUCCACUCUUUUAGUGAAAUCUAUGUUGAAUGUUAUUACUAACAAAGUUGAUUAUGGAUAUGGUAAUUUCUUUUUCUUUCUUGACAGCCUGAUCUGUUGUAUAUGUCCUACCAAGCUUUCGUAUGUCCUGGGCAUAUCCAUUUAUAUAUGGUUCAUAAUUUCAUAGACUUGUUUACAUUACAUGGCUGGAGCCAUUUGAUUUGAUGUGAGGAUUUGUCCCUCGUAAA